AUGGAUAUAAUUUCAUUUUUGAUUCCAUAUGAUAUGCAAGCAUUAGAAAUAGUUAUUCCGAUGUUUAGAAGUCUCAAUUCAUCAGAAAAUUGCCAACUCAUCAUAGAUUUUUUCCUUCAACAAGAUAAUUGUUUUAAAGUAUUCAUAGAAGAUGUAGGCAACAUCAUAUCUAGCUCUAAAUCUCCAUUAAUCAAUGAAUUUUAUAAGCUUUCUCGGAAUUUUAUAAAAGAAAGUCUUGAAACAAAUAAUCUUCAAAUCAUGGACCCCGCUAAAGCUAUAAUACACGAUAUUUCAUCAGGGAACAAUGUAUUCUUCAAAAUUGCGAAAAAAUGUCUAAAUAAUUUCCAAAAUUUUUCAGAUUUUGCCAAAAACAAUAUUAUAGCCUACAUUAAUGCAUUCAUUAUCACAUGUUAUUCAGAGAAUGACUCUCAAAUUUUAUUAAAUGAAAUAAUUUUUCCAUUGAUUAGUAUAAUUUCAGAAAAUGAUGUUCAUGAUGGCAUUAUAUUUACUAUAUUAUGCACGAUAACCACUUUAGACUUUAUUUAUCCUUUUGUUGAUGUUAAUUUUUGGACAAAUCUUUUAGAAAUUGCGAUGAAUCGAUAUGAAAACAAUACUGAAGGUGUUGAAAUUGAAGACUUCGUUUGUUUUAUUGGCAACAUUAUUGAAAUAUGUGUUCCUUUUGAAGAAAUCAAAAAUGAAAAUCAAGAAACAAUUGAUAUUCAAAUAAUGAAUUAUGGAAUUCCUAAAGAACAGAUAAAAGAUAUCAUGAUAACCAUUAAAGAAUCCCUCUACAAUAUUGUUGCAUUCAAAGAUAAAAAGGAACUCAUUAUGAUGCUUAUUAACUUAUCAAUUCACUCAGAGUUUUAUGAAAUUAUUCCUGAAUUGAUGGAUGAUAUUUCUGAAAUUUUAGGUGAAAAUGAAGCUAAUGGUGAUGAUACAUUGUUACAAAACUUGUAUUUUGUUCUUGUUAAAGCUGUUUCGAGAAAAAAUGAAGCUGUUUUUCAUGAUAUCGUGGAAUCAUUUUUGAAUUCAGAUGCUUUGGAUAUUCUCGAAGAGCUUGAAGGCUCUUUGAAUAAACAAAUCGCAUUCUACGCAACCAAAAUAUUAACUUUGUUUGAAAAUAUAGAGAUUGAAUAA